AAAAAAUCAGUUAAAUCCGUUAUCGGGAAUUUGAAUACCAAAGCGUUGUUUUUUAAAGUUUCAUGCAAAGUCAGUAACUGCAAAUCAAACAUCAUAACAUCGCUGUCGAAAUGUUUAAAUCACGCAUCGAAGUUGAUCAAAAAUAUGGUCGCAGCCUGGUUACCACCGAGCCAGUGGCUAAAGGUGAAAUCGUAGUCGAUGAGCUACCAUUUGCUCAUGGACCCAAGCAAAACAGUGACAUUGUCUGCUUGGGUUGUUAUAUGCCACUACAAUUCGACGAGGAUGGAGACUCUAUGGAUCGCUGCGAAACUUGUGACUGGCCCUUAUGCAGUUCAUGUAUAGAGUCGCCGGUUCACAAGGAUGAGUGUAAAAUUUUUGCCGAAGCCAAUGUUAGAUUUGCUGGUAAUGUUGGAGAAGAUGGUGUCUGUGCCCAAUUGGAUUGCAUAACGCCUUUGAGAGUUCUGCUAGCCAAAGAAGCCGAUCCCGAACGAUGGGAAAAAGAAGUGGCCCCCAUGGAAUACCAUGACAAAGAGAGACGGGAAAAUAGUGAAUUGUGGAAUGCCGAUUUGGUGAAUAUAGCCCAAUAUCUAAGGGGACCUUGUAAAUUGGGUGAUCGUUUCUCGGAAGAUUUAAUAAUGCAAGUUGUGGGAAUUUUGGAAGUCAACGCUUUCGAGGGACGCACACUGCAAGGCUAUGCUUUUCGAGCCUUAUACCCUGUAACGGGAAUUUUAUCACACAACUGUGUGCCAAAUACAAUGCGCAGUAUUUAUCCUAGCGAAGAUUACAGAAUACGCUUACGAGCAAUGGUCGAUUUGGAAUCUGGACAACAGUUGCAACAUUCGUACAGCUAUACCUUGUAUGGUACCGCACAGAGACAAGAACACUUAAAGGCUGGCAAAUAUUUUACCUGCGAUUGCAAACGUUGUAAAGAUCCUGCUGAGUUGGGCACCAAUUUCAGCACAUUUAAAUGCAGCAAAUGCGAAGACGGUUGGCUGCUAUGUCAAGAUCCCUUGGAUGCCAGCACAGAGUGGAAGUGUACAUUAUGUGAAUUUAAAACCUCAAAUGAGGCUGUCCAAAAGGCCACAAGUGUCAUGCAAGCCGAAGUGGCCCAAGUACAAUCUAUGGAUAUGUCUGGUGAACGCCUACAAGAGACUGAGAGACUUUUGAAAAAAUAUCGUUCUGUUUUACAUCCCCUACAUUUCAUUCAAAUCUCCCUAAAACAAAAUCUUGUCGAGAUGUAUGGUCGUGUAGCGGGUUAUGAAAUGGUUGAGCUACCCGAUGUGCUGCUGGAACGGAAGGAAGAAAUCUGCCGUCAUGUUUUGAGGGUGUUAAAUGUAUUUGAACCUGGUCUAAGUAGAACUAAGGCUACAAUUCUAUACGAAUUACAUGUUCCUGUGGUGUUGUUGGCCAAAAGUGGUUUCAUUGCGGGUGUUUUGGCUGGUGCGAAACUCAAGGAGAAACUCGAAGAAGCCAUAGCCAUUCUGAGAGAAUGUGUGAAUAUCCUUAAAUAUGAAGAUCAGCAAUCACAUGAGGGUGUUUUGGGUUUGGUGGCUAAACAAGCAAUGGAGCAAUUAAUGCAAAGUGUUGAAGGUCUAGAUGGGGCUUGAACACACCUAUUAGUUUUUGUUUUAUACUUAAGUUUUUAUAUAUUAAGGAUUAUAUUUAAUAGUUAUCGCAAAAAAAUAAAUAAAUAAGAAAUUUUCAUAUAUUCAUCAAA